UAGUAAUAGUUAAGAUUGAGAAACCUUGCCAAACCGAGUUGCUGUGGGCUGAUUUCAGGAAACAAUGACGCACACAGGGGCAGAGUCUUAUACAUAGACUACUAUUGAACUGCGAGAAGUUUUUUUGUCUGAAGUUCAUUUGAAGACAUUUUCUUUCGCAUCUUCUGCUUUACAGGAACAAUAGGAUGAGAUUUUACCACUUAAUAACUUUGGCACUGGCGAUAAUAUGCCUUUUUGGGCACAGUGGACUAGGAGCCCCAACCAAAGGCAGGUUUAUGUGGGUGAAAUGCAAGCCGGAUGAAAAGAACGCAAACUGUGUCACAAAGAAGGGCCCCUGGGUGCCCCUGUCAGGGCAAAGCACUCGCCUUCUACCUUCUGCUGCAAAACACAUAGUCCCAGUUAGCACAGAGGAAGCCACUCCUGAGACCGAGGAGCAGUCAGGAGAGGGUUCAGGUAACUCAGACACCUUCGCCCCUUUUCUCAACAUGAAUCAGCAGUUGAUGGGAGAUGAGCCAGAGCAGGAAGUCAACAAGAAUGAAGAGGAAGCAUCGACUUGGAUGGAGUCCAGUGGAGACGCAGAUUACUCAGAUUAUGCCUCAUCUGAGAAAAUAGAAUGGCUUUCUAAACAGGAUUUGAAAGAGGACAACAUUAUUGCGUAAAGAGCUGCAUUACUGUACAUCUCAUGUGCUUUUUCUGUCUUCUUUUGUACAAUGUGAAACAUACGGGAUAUAUAUUCAUAAACUGUGAGAUGCUCUGCAAAAAUCUAUUGUAUUCCAGUUUGCAUUGUAUUCCAGUUUGGAUCUAUUUUUAUCUUUAAAACUUUUAUAUUAUUAUUUUAUUUACUCUUAAAGUCCAGAGUGUGACCCAUGAUCUGACUAAACUAUUAAAACAUAUUUUUAAUUAAUUCAGAAUGGAAAUAUUACAAAAUUAAAUAAAGUGUUGUAGCAAGGUAAUGUAAACAUUGAAAUAUCUUUUUGCUAUUAUUUUAUUUGUAUAAUAUUUUUAACCUUUAAAAAAACAACUUAUAUAAAACUUAUAUAAAAACAA